CCCCGCGCGCGCGCGGCACCUCCCCCGUGAGGGAGGCGAGAAAAUGGCGGCGGCGGCGGCGCCUUGAGCGGCGCGUCCCAGGCUGGACAAACGCUGCACAGCUAUGGAGAAUGAACCCAACACGACGACAUGUUCUGCAUCCACCACGACCGUCACCACCACCUCCACUUCCCGCACGCCGCUGCCGCAGAUCUCCGUCUACAGCGGCUCUGACAGACAUGCUGUCCAGGUUAUUCAGCAGGCCUUGCAUCGUCCUCCUAGCUCAGCUGCUCAGUACCUCCAGCAGAUGUAUGCAGCUCAACAGCAGCAUCUAAUGCUGCAGACUGCUGCUCUGCAGCAGCAGCACUUAAGCAGUACCCAAUUUCAGAGUCUGGCAACUGUUCCACAGGCAAGCCUGUCAGGUGGGAGGCAAUGUACUUCCCCCACUGGGAGUGUCACUCAGCAGUCAAGCAUGUCGCAGACCUCGAUUAACCUCUCCACCUCUCCUACACCUGCACAGAUAAUAAGCCGCUCUCAGACCUCCAACACCACCAGCAGCAGCAUCACCCAGCAGACGAUGUUGCUGGGCAGCACCUCUCCCACCCUGAGUGCGAGCCAGGCUCAAAUGUAUCUACGAGCUCAGAUGCUUAUUUUUACUCCUGCGACCACUGUGGCUGCUGUCCAGUCUGACAUUCCUGUUGUCUCCUCAUCCUCCUCAUCUUCCUGUCAGUCUGCAGCUACUCAGGUUCAGAACUUGACGCUGCGCAGUCAGAAGCUGGGUGUGUUGUCAAGUUCACAGAAUGGCCCACCAAAGAGCAGCAGUCAAACUCAGUCGCUGUGCCCCAGUAAGGCUGUCAGCAGCUCCAAGGGCAGCCAGGCAGAUCCCUCCGAAAGCAAUAGGAAAGGCGAGAGCCCCGCUCCAGAGUGCCGGAGCACGCCGGUCACACGGACAUCCAGCAUCCACCACUUAAUUACACCAGCUUCAUAUUCUCCAUUGCAACCUCAUUCUCUAGUAAAACAUCAGCAGAUCCCGCUUCAUUCACCACCUCCAAAGAUUUCCCAUCAUCAGCUGAUCCUGCAGCAGCAGCAGCAAGUCCAGCCGAUUGCACUUCAGACUCCUCCGGGCCAGGAGCCGCCUCCAUCCCAGCACUGUCUGCCCCUCCCCAGCCAUGCGCUGCCUCCGGCCCCCAGCAGCGUCCCGUCCCACUGCUCCCCUAUCCACAUCCAUCCUCCGCCUCUCCCGCUCUCUCCUACCCCGUCCCAGUCGGCUCAGCAGUCAGUGGUGGUGUCUCCUCCGCCGUCCCACUCCCCGAGUCAGUCACCCACCAUAAUUAUUCACCCUCAAGCCCUUAUCCAGUCCCAGGCCAGCUCCCUGGUGCCGGCGGCUCUGCAGCCCGAGCCGGCCGCUCCCCAGGCGGCUGCCGCCAACCCCGUGCGGCCAUCGCAGCCGCUCAGCCUCCCGCAGCACCUGCCGCUCCCGCCCUCGCCCGCCGUGCACAUCGGGGCCGUGGAGCCGCCCAGCUUGGUUUCCCCGGGCCAGCAGCUCGUGUCCUCCACGCCGCACCAGCAGUAUCCGGCCCUGCAAUCCGCUCCCAUCCCUCUGGCAGCUCCGCCUCAGCUCUCGGCAUCCUCAACCCAGAUUCAACCGCUGCCCCUGCAGUCUGUGCAGUCUUUACAAGUGCAGCCUGAAAUUCUGUCCCAGGGCCAGGUUUUGGUUCAAAACACUUUGGUUUCUGAGGAGGAACUUCCUGCUGCAGAGGCUUUGGUCCAGCUGCCAUUUCAAACUCUUCCACCGCCACAGACCGUCGCAGUAAACCUGCAGGUGCAGCCCUCUGUGCCGAUUGAAACUCCAGUGAUUUACCAAGUGGAGAAUGUGUGUGAAGAGGAGAUGCCCGAGGACUCAGAUUGUGUCCACAUGGCAAGAACACCUACACCACCCACCUUGUCCCCACCAGCCAUAACCUUGGGCAAUGGAGAGGCUCUUAAUUCAGAAGAUCCUUUGUCAGAACAUGGGGGACUGCCUUCAGUGACAUCAUCAGUCAGUGCCUCAGUAAUUAAAUCUCCAUCUGAUCCUUCCCAUGCCUCUAUUCCACCACCCCCUCUUUUGCUUCCAGCAGCAACGACAAGGAGCAACAGCACAUCCAUGCCCAAUAGCAUUCCCAGCCUAGAAAACAAACCUCCACAGGCUAUUGUUAAACCCCAGAUCCUGACCCACGUCAUCGAAGGAUUUGUGAUUCAGGAGGGGUUGGAGCCAUUCCCUGUCAGUCGUUCAUCUUUGCUGGUGGAACAGCCUGCAGAGAAGAGAUUGCUGGUGGAGGGUCAGAUCAUGAGUGUGGUGUGUGUUGAAUCAGACUUGCAGAACACAAAACAUGCAGACAACUCAUCAGACACAGAGAUAGAGGAUAUGAUUGCAGAAGAGGGACUGGAUGAAAUUGAAAAUGAUCUUCUGAAGUGUGAAUUUUGUGGAAAAAUGGGAUAUCCCAAUAAGUUUCUGCGGUCAAAAAGGUUCUGCUCCACAUCCUGUGCCAAAAGGCACAGCCUUAGUUGCACUAAGAAAUUUGGGCUGUUUCCAUCAGACAAGACCAGUCGUUGGAAUCGGAAGUCAGAUAGCCAAAGUCUUGGGCGACGCGGGCGUCGGCCGAGCGGCCCUGAGGGGGCGUCACGAGAUCAUUUUCUUAGACAGCUUCCAAUUACUUAUCCAUCUGCAGAAGAAGAUCUGGCUCCUCACGAAGACGCUGUUCCAACGGCCAUGACCACGCGUCUGCGGAGGCAGAGUGAGAGGGAGAGGGAGCGGGAGCUGCGGGAGCUGAGGAUGAGGAAAAUGCCAGAGAGCAUCGACCUCUUACCAGUGGUGCAAACUGACCCCUCAGUAUGGACUGUCGAUGAAGUUUGGGCCUUUAUACAUUCUCUGCCUGGUUGUCAAGAUAUUGCAGAUGAAUUUAGAGCACAAGAAAUUGAUGGACAAGCUCUCCUUUUGUUGAAGGAGGAUCACCUUAUGAGUGCAAUGAAUAUUAAGCUUGGACCUGCAUUGAAAAUCUGUGCACGUAUCAAUUCCUUGAAAGAAUCCUAGGAGGUGAACAUGAAGGUUUAAACAACAGUUUCUCAGUGACAGAACCAACAGUAAUGUGCCAACAUCUUCACUGUGGCAUGAGUGUUACUGUGGUGUUUUGUUAAGUAGGGGGGCUCUCCUCACAUAAAGACUUUAAAAUGUUCCUUUGAUGAUACCAGGAGUCCUCUGUAGUUUUCAACAACUAAUAAGUUUAUAGUAAAGCCUGAGUAAUGCUUUGAGUUGAACUUUUUCAUGGAAAAACAUGAAGUGAAAUAUGCUGUGAUAGGUUAGAUAUUCCCCAACAUGUACUUCAUUUUAUGAGUUAUGAUUAACACCCCAGUCCCCACCCCAAUCUAGACACCAUUUAAAUUGUGUUGCUGUAUUCUGAAAGAUUUUUCCCACAUACAGCAGUGUUUGGACUGAACUAACAGAAGUGUCCACAGGCCCUGUGGAAGCACUAGUACCAGUAAAAUGCUAUGCAUUUAGUUGUGCUCUCUGAGUUUGUUUUAGUCUUGAGCAAAUUGUUUGUAAGGGGUAGGUUGGCAGCUGGUUUUCCUCAUGUAGGCUUACCCUCAUCUCUGCCACUAUAUUAUUUUCUUGAAGUCUGUAAAAUACUAUAAACCAUGUAGAUGUCUCAUCAAAAUCCUCAUGAUCAGGCUACUGACACUCCUGCCAGAGGUAACUGAAGCACAUGUUACUUUACUCUUUGAAUGCUGCUAUGCACUAAGGGGGCAUUAAGUGUUAGGUUUGUAGUUUCACAUGCUGCUAGUUAAGCUAGACCAGCAGUUCUCAAAUGGGGGUUCCGAGUGGACCCUGAGGAAGAGUGUGAGCUUUUGGGGUUCAGGUUCCCAAAUGCCUGGGUGUGAGAGGCUGAAAACUGCAGCCAGGACCAGCUCGUGUUGAGACAAGUUGCUUUAGAGACUGGGGGUAGAGAAGGGACAGCAUAACUCAGAUGUUCUUUUUCUUGAUACCUCUUCUAACAUGUCUUUCCCUGUAGUGCAUUCCCGUUGCCUCACUGGAAGCUUCCAAGCACCUUUUCCUUGUCCAGUGGCCAGUGUGAGCUGUGCUUGCAGUGCUCUGAGGAAGGAGCAGUAAGGCCCCCUCAGAGCUUGUUCAGGAGCAGCUGCUGCUGCCAUGAGGGAGCCUGGAGCUGCAGGUCAGCAGGAGGAAUGCCAGCACUGGCAACUCUGAGAGAAUGUCCUGGUUUAGGGCAAAUUUGGGAGGACCAGGACAGAGAAAUACCCAGGGGCCCUGCUUUGUCCCUCUUGGAUGCUGCAGACCCAGGUGGAGGGAUUUUAGUGUCCCCCUCUGUCUUCCCUCUCUCACACUCUGUGGAACAAAUACAUUUCCCCAGUUACUGAUGCUCUUAGAAGCUGCCUGGGCUCUGAGGCAGCAGCACCUUCUUGGCCUUUGCUUCCCCACCACAUGAGCACAGAUGUUCAGGGACAUAUUUUGUCCUUCUGUUCCCUCCCUUUUGCAGCUCCACUCUCCUUAUGUACAGACCUGGAUCCUUAAGCUCUGGUUUAGGGAAAGAAGGGUACGUGUGCUGAUAGUCAUUGUGUAUAUUUGAACUAAAUAUGUGUAUGUGUCUGCAAAUAAUGUAUUUUUUUUGUAUUUUAUGCAAAUUAAUGCAUAAUAUAUGAUUGUGUAGGGAGGUAUUCGGGGGGCUGUACAGUAUUCCUGAAGAGGAACUGACCUAAAGUUUGAGAACUGCUGCCCUAGAUCAAAAGGAGUCAAUGCACAUACACUGGCUAAAAGGCAGGUUUGUGACAGACAGAUUAAUAUGUCUAUUAUUUAACUGAUGACCUUAAAGAGUAAAUUUGAAUGACAGAAAAAUCUGUGCUUCAUGUUCCUUUAAUUAGACUAUUGCUUUGUUUCCACUAACAGAUUUUCUACCAUUAACUUCUGGAGAUCAACAUUAGAAUCAUUGCUCUUAAUUACAACUGUUUGAGCUUGCUAAUAGCAGAUGUUAUUAAUGUUUUUAUUAACCACUGAAGCUGCAAGUUAGGACAACACAUUGCAGUUGCACGCUGGUAUGUGUUGAGAACCCUUACCCAAACGGCACCAAAGCUUUAGAGGAUUAAUUGAUGCCUGGGUUUAUUUUGGAGGGAAGUUGCUAAGCACUUUCUAAUUUGGUUUUUUUUUUUUUUCUAUUUUCGGUUACUGUUGUAAAAUAAACUUCUUAGUUGAAGUUCCAGUGUUUGCUAAUGUUCAUUUGAAAGACAUUCAAAUGAUGGAGACAGUGGGUUCCCAUUUGUAGCAUUUCUGUAAGAUACACAGUGUAGCAUAUCUGUAACAUAUGUUCUAAAGGAUAUGUUCUGUUUUGAUGAGCUAACUGAAGACUAAAGAUAUCUUAGAUAUUUAUCCUUUGGCUUUUGUCUUAAAGUUUUAUUAUUUUUAUACAGAAAUCUCACUGGCUAAUUUUUAACCUGUCUUCUGAUUGUACUGUUCUUAGGCAAUGUAAAAAGUAGGGAUACAUAAAUGUGGUUUGAUAAUGGCUUAAGGUGUACUAGAAAAUGUGGACUUAGGGGUCUUACUUAGACCUGUAGUUAAUCAGUGUUACAUGCAUGAGAAUUUCAUGGCUGCUUUAAUUUUGCUUUAUUAGACAGCUUUCAGGAGAGCUUCUCCAGCUAGUGUUUGUGUCCAGCUCAGCCAGAAUCACUGCCAGGUGCCAGGAGCUCAGAGCAGACCCCAGUAAGGCACAUCUGGUCCUGUUCAUCUGGUAUGUAACAUUCCCUGUGGGUCUGGGAGAGCCACAGAUAAUGAGUUAUGCUUUAAAUAUUCAUAAGUGCAACAGCUUAGAAUGUGGGCCUUAUGCAUAUUGAAAGUUUUUUUUUUCUUCUUCAGUGAUUUUGGCAAUUAACUGGAACUUAAAAUCAGACAUAGCUAUACCAUCCUCUACUGAUAGAAGUGCACUUGUACAGGAGUGUUUGCCAGUGUAGCUGUGUCAAGAAAUAAUUUUGGUUUUUUUUUUUAAAUCAUACUUGUAUGUGAAAGUAGGCUGGAAAAUUUCCAAGUGCAACUGAAGUCUACUUGGGAAGCUUAUGAAUUGACUCCAAAAAGCAAUACAGUAACAGUCCUCCAGGACCAUUUUAUGUUCUGGCCACUUGCUGUUCAGACAGGUGAGAUUUUCCCAGGCUUAUACUGCCAUUUCCCAUGUUAGGCUGUACCCUCUUGCAAAAGAAGAAGUAUUAAAGAUUUGAAUUGUAUUUUAAUACUUGUUCCCACAGGAUGUCUACAGGAAAUCUUUUUUAUUCUCUUUAUUUCCUGGGAUUUUGUUUUCUAUUUUUCUGGUGUUGCAGGCUACCCCUCACAGUAAUGUUUGCAGUAUUUCAGCUUCUGUAGGAAUAGGUCAGAAGGGAGAUACAUUCCAUGGCUUUUUCCCUUCUUUUUUCUGCACCACUCCCCGUCCUACCCUACCCUGCUCCUUAAUGCAAACUGCAGCAUGAGCUCAGGGCAAGGCCCUUUUGCAGAGCACUGGGCUGAAUGUGUCUGUCAAGAUUUCAUCCAAUAGAACAGAACUGUGACACUUUCUCAGCUUCAGGGUUUGUUUGGGCUUUUAAAGGAUUGCACAUGAAAGAUCAAAAGGGGUGUGCAGUCUCCCCUGAUCCAUGGGGCUCAUACCAGCAUCCCUGCUUUGCAGCAGGAGCAGGGCACUCCCCUGAGGAAGCUUGGCUACCUCCAGUGACUUAAAGUGCCAGUUGUUUGGGCUCACUAGAAAGUGUCUGAAGGGGUUUUAAACAGGCUGCAUUUAAAUCCAUUCUUUACCCAUUAACCCAUCCCUUUAUUUCUAGAAAUGAAGUUCUUGAUGGAGGGUAAAGCCUUUGCUAGAUUUUUGUCAAUGAGACAUUUCAAAUAGAAGCUUUUUGUCCUGCAAGCAUCCGUUUCCUCAUUCUUUUCCUGUGAAAGCAGGUAUUUACCCCCUGACUUCCACCUGUGCUUUGUCCUUAAAGGAAUCCAGACUUUUGGAUAGAACAGAUGGAGUCCUUUGUAACUGCAGAUAUGGCAGGAAGAGGAAAGUAUGGGAUAAAAUCAACUGUUUAGGCAGAUCUGCAAUAGCUUUUGCAUCAUUUCACCAUCUUGAAGUGGAAGGAAAUAUUCAGGUACAAAACUAUUGAAGUGUAAUUUGAAUGGGAGUUUGGUGUGAGACUGGGCUGGGUGUGGUGUGUCACUGCCUGGCAUGGCAGCCACAACUAAUGCCAGUUUCAGAUGGAUGUUCUCAUUCCAAUAUCACAAUAUCCAUGCAGAAACUUCCACUUCAAGAGCCCAACAGAUUUCUUACACAGUGACAAAUCUACAGCUCUGAGUGAUCAAAGAAUUCAGUGACAGCUGUGUUGAGUCCUGGUUUUGCAAAUAAUUAGACAUCCCCAUAAUUCAUAACAUGAGUAGUUCUGAUUGUACUGAGACUGCUCAUAUUAAAACCCAGCAUGUAGAAAAGCUUGCAGUGUUAUUUUCUCACCAGUAUUGUAUAGAGAUGUCCUUUCAGCAUAGAAAUAUAUUUGUCAUCAUUAACCAGGUAUUUCCUUAUUGAUUGUUUUAGGCUGCAGAUAAUGACUGUGCAAAACAGUCAGUCUUGGGUAGUUUUUUAAUACACACCUGAAUUAGUUUAUUAGAGAUGGAGAGAAGCUAAUAUUUUAGAGUAUUUUGUUUUAAAUACCCUGUUCCUGUUAAAUGCUGAGUGGAACAGGUAUGAGCAGAGCUGUCAGUGAAUAAUUUCAGUGUAAAGUGUUAAUUGCUCAUAGUGAAUUAAUUUUCAAGUCACUGUUGCAUAGUGAGCUGUAGUUUCAGACAGGAAAUGCUGUGAGGAGAAAGAAAUUUUUAAUUCAUUUAAUGCUUAGUUCAUUUAAGAUGAGCCUAAAUUAAAUUAAUUUUAAAAGAAUUUGCCUUUAGUCAUGAGAGUUUAUUUAGACCUGAAAGGUUCUAUGUAGUUACAUACCUGGAUGGCUUUACGUUUGAAAAAGGGACAGUAAUGAUGCUCCAGUGCCAGCUGUGUGGGAUUUUCAGGAAGCUGUCCCUGGUGUGAGCUGCUGGAGUCAGGGCCUGGGACACAGACUGAGCACCAAGGCAGUGAGCACACGGUACCCUAAUCCAUGAGAACCAGCCUGGUUUGGUUUUGCCAUCUUCAUCUCUUUGGAAAUUUGACAUUUCCUUCCCCACUCAAUUUCUGAAAGUGGCAUUUUUCUCUCUUGGAUGUCAGCUCUGGGGGCUGGGGAGUUUUGUGUCCUGCCUUAUCCCCUGCUCUCAAGGUCAGCACUUCCACAUGUACUCCAGGCCCCAUCCUGCUGCUGUGUAGGUUUGUGUAACCUCUGCUCCAGAGCACACCUGCUCAUUCACCUGAAGGUUGCAUAGUAUUUCCUGAUCUCUUACAGCAAAGAGGAAUCGAAAAAGCAAAGGUCAGAGAUAAGAAUGUGCUGGUAAUUACAGUAAGCUCACGGUCCAGCUUUUGUAGCCAUGGAUUUAACUUUUCUGAAGCACAGUUCUGGGAGCCAGUGUAAUGAACAGAUUUCAAGUUUAAGUUUUUUACAUUUCCAGCAAGUAUUCCUGUUGAAUUAUCCAAAUAACUCUGUAGAGUAAGGAGCU